GUUGCAGUUGUGUUGCAGACUCGCUUGGAAGUGGUUGUGAUUUGACUUUGUCGACACACAGAGGGAGGCAAAUGCGAAAAGGAUGGCGGAGUUAAAAAGUCCUACAUCUGAGCAGCCCAAAUCGAAAGUCUCAUUUGAGGGUGAAACGAGAAACAAGAGCGAGUCGGUAUUGUUUUUGGCACCUGGUAAAAGUGAUGGAUAUAAAUCAGAAACACACUGGUUUUGCAAACUUGGUCAAGAUGAAUUUGAAAUGGACCUGACAUCAUCAAACGCAACAUUUACCAGCUUAAAGCAUAUGCUUGAAGAUACAUAUCGUUGUAUAUUGAAACGCGUGCGGCGAGGAAGCUUCAUAUUUGAAUGCAAGCAUGAGUCCCGGGAGAAUGCUGUCAAGAUGAUGAAGGAUCAUGCGAAGGUCAAGGACACGAUCUUACGAUGUCUUCACGACAUGGAUCCUCGUGUCAAUGCCAUCAGGGUAGAUGUCGAAUAUAGAGAAGAUCACGUGGAAAUUGAUCCUCCGCAGUUGCUUGAAACUGGUCACCAAGCCAAGGGAUACGUGAAUAAAGAGGAAUUUGACCGAAUUGUAGCAGCCCUGCAGCAAAAGCAAUCGGAAACAUUGGAAAAACUGAACGAGCUCAAACAAGCACAACUGGCAGUUACAGCAACAGAAACAAUAACAGAUGUAAGUGAGGACCAGUUUCAGGCUACCGAAGAUCUGUCAGAAGCUGAAGGAGGACACCGUCACAGAGGAGGUGUCAGUAAACCGCGGCAAAAGUCUGAAUCAGUUAUUCGUCUGAAAAGACAACUGGCAGACCUGAAGCAAGAACUAAAGGCAACCACUGACAGGAUGCACCGACUUGAGACUACACACAAGAAAGCGACACCGACUCCCGCAGAUAGAGACCCCGAGGCAGACCGCGACCUCCUUGAAGCCAGCAGGGAGGGGAACAUGGCGGCCGUGAAGCGGAUCCUGGCAGCAGGUCGGGCUGACGUCAACAGUAGAGGCGUUGUCGGGCUGACACCGGUGAUGUCGACAGCACACGGGGGACACAGAGACGUAGUGGAGCUCCUGGUGAGUGAAGGGGCUGAUGUGUCACUGGUGGACGAGGACGGUACCAACAUCCUUCACUACGCCUGUUGGGGAGGAGAUGUGGAGACGGUGAAGUUUGUGCUGUCUCUGAACGUGGUGGACAUCAACUGUAGAGGACGGGGGAGCAGGACACCGGUGAUGGCGGCAGCAUUCAAGGGACACAGAGACGUGGUGGAGCUCCUGAUGAGUGAAGGGGCCGAUGUGUCACCGGUGGACGGGGACGGUAACAACAUCCUUCACUACGCCUGUAUAGGAGGAGAUGUGGAGACGGUGAAGUUUGUGCUGUCUCUGAACGUGGUGGACAUCGACGCCCGGAACAACCUCGGCCUGACAGCGGCCGACGUGGCGAGACGCGAGGGACAUAAGAAAAAUGUGAAACUUUUGAAGCCGCCACGCUGUCACGUGAUGUAAAUAGGAGAAAAUGUUGGAUCGCGGCGGUCACCUGAAGUGAGUGUCGUGUUUGUGUGGACGGUGAAGGAGGACAUGUUGUUACACACAAUGACGUGUUGUGCCGUUCACGUCGUCGUGCUUUAUAUUUCAGGAUUAGGUGAGAAUGUUUGUUUUGUUUGAUGAUAAAUAAAACUUGCUGAAAACAUU